UAAUUAAAUUUACGGAUUGACUGUCCGUGUUUCUCUCAAAUUCUGUUUUAACUUCGUCGUCGUUAGGUUUUUUAAGUCCGAAUUUUACUUCACUGGCUUCCUAUGUCAACAAACAUGGCUGAUACCGGAGUAGAAAACGUUGUUGACGAAAUUCGGAAGAUAGUAUCAGAUGAAAUAUGCAAUAUGGGAGUUGAAAUAGAUAGCAAAACAUUAGAUAUAAAGAAGAAUAAUAAAGAGCUAAAAAGGGGUGAUAUUAUUAUUCCUGCGGGAAGUGUGAAAUUAGUUGACUCUCGUUCUGAGUCUCUCCAGAAACAAUUGUUGUUGCAGACAGAAAAGAAAAUUAAAGAAAAUAAUGGCCUUCUCAAAGAUGUCGUUCAAAAUAAAAACUGUUUCCUUGCCUUUUAUUUUAAUCGUCCAAAAUUUUGCAGUACUGUUAUCAAACAGAUUGAAGAACUAGGUUCCAAAUAUGGCUUUUCUAAAACAAAAACUGGACAAGAAAUAUUUUUGAACACAGUUCUAGAGCGAAGUGAGAAAAAUAAAUCUAACAGCUGUGUCAACUCUCUAACAGACCUCAGAGUAUCUGUUGUACAGUGCCACUUGAAGAAGUUACUGGAAGCUAAUGGUUAUGAUGUAUACCCAGAGACUGUUUCUAAUCCUCUGAGUUUAUUGCUGGAAAAUUCAACUAGCUGUGACACAAAACUAGGGGAAAUAAGCCAGUCAAAAAGUGACAACUUGGGGCAGGAUAUGGAUGAGUUAUCUGCACAUUUUGUAUCAAAAGCUAAAAUCCUCUGUACAGAACAGUUGACUGAUUUAGAUCCAAAUUUAAAUGCUGAAGUUGACUUGGAUUUACAAAAAGUUAUUGCAGAAAAAAAUCUUUAUCUUGGUAAAGAAGGCUUUGACAAAAAUUUAAACAAAGUAAAAGUUUUGGAACGUGGUGUACCAACAUGGGCACUUGAAAGUGCUAUAGACAUUUCUAGGAAGAUCCGUCAUUUUACCAGUAAACAGAACGUUGGCUGUUUACAUAUCGUGCCACAAAAUAUGGCCUUCAGGCAACAGCAAGUUGAAAUCCUCUCAAUGGCUCUUUGCCAACAGCAGUUCAUACAGGCCCAGCUAGUUGUGGGACCAGUUACUAGUAAAUCAAAGUCUGAGAAAUGCCCAGACAAAGCUGCUCAAGAUUUUCUCAGGGUGAGGUAUGAACAGAUGAAGGAAGCCUCAAAAAUGAGAUCCUCUUCAAUAUUUGAAGACCAAAGCAAGCAGAUUGAAGAGCUGACAUUUGCUAGUGUAAUAGUUGACUUACUGACCAACUCAGUACACACUUCACUUCACCUAGAUACCAAUGGAGAAGAGCAGGAUGCUGAGACCAGACAGGGGGCUUUUAUCAUGUACAACACAGCCAGACUAGCCACACUGAUGGAGCACUUCAACCAAGGCGUUUCUACUGGCAUGUAUCCACCCCUGCCAUCUGUGGAUAAUGUGGAUUUCAGUCUGUUGAGGGAAGAGGAAGAUUGGGAGCUGGUGUAUUUGUUUCUGGCAGCUUUUCCUGAUGUUGUCAGACAGGCUGUGGAGGUGGUCUUCCCCACGGGAGGGAGGUGUUCAACAAAGGUCCACACACACAAGAUAACAAACUUUUUGGUAUCAUUCAGCACACGCUUGAGUGCACACUACAGUAGAUAUCAUGUUUUAGCUAGUGGAGAGCCGCACCUGCUCCCUCUGAUGUAUGCCAGGUUGUACCUGAUGAAAUCAGCCCACCAACUCCUGGUCAACUGCCUGCAUCUCAUUGGGGUCAAGGCUCUGUCCUACCUAUAACUUGGCUUCAGUUCAAUAAAAUAAAACACUGG